CCCCAAACUCGACUGAUGUCCGACCAAGAGGCGCCGCCGUCUGAAGCCCAACCGGCUGCAGCAGAGGCUGCCCCUGCUCCCGAAUCGGACGUAUCAGUAGCAGCAGCCGCUGCGCUGGAGCCGGCCCCGUCUCCCCCCGCGGCACAGAGCGCCCCGCCCGCAGUUCCAGCUUCGAAGAAGCAGCCCAAAGAAGGAACACCUGGUGCUCCACUGAAUCUGACACUGGAUGAUGUGAACGACAACUCUGUGACUCUAACAUGGGAUGCACCGGAGAAUGUGGGCCCCUCUGGCCUGGAUGGAUAUGUGGUUGAACACUGCAAAGAUGGAACCGCAGACUGGGUGGCUGCCAACAACAAGCCCUUCCUUUCCACACGUUACGUUAUCCGCAAUCUAACAGCCGGAGAUAAACUUCACAUUCGUGUGAAAACUGUGAAAGGUGAUGGAGUUAGUGACCCAGCAGUCCUGGACCAACCCAUCCUCAUCAGAGAGAUUCUUGAGCAUCCCAAGAUCCGACUGCCUCGCUACUUGAGAGAAUUGUACAUGAGGACUGUGGGAGAUGUGUUGAACCUGAUGAUCCCUUUUCGGGGAAAGCCAAAGCCGCAGGUGACAUGGACCAAAGAAGGCCAACCUCUGGAUCCCAAGCGAGUGGUUGUGCGCAACAGUGAAAGGGACUCUGUCUUCUUUAUCCGUGAAGCACAACGCAAAGAUUCUGGAAAAUAUGAAAUGAGUGUUAAGAUCUUAGAUGAACUUGAAGACAAGGUCGUCAUUCAUCUCCAGGUGAUUGAGAGGCCAGGGCCCCCUGAGAACCUGAAGCUGUUGGAUGUGUGGGGCUUUAAUGUGGCACUAGAGUGGAGCCCACCCAAAGAUAAUGGCAAUGCUGAGCUCAAGGGUUACACGGUCCAAAAAGCAGACAUGAAGACUAAGCAAUGGUUCACAGUUCUGGCACACUGCAACCGCACCAGCUGCACGGUGUCCGAUCUCAUCAUUGGCAACAGCUACUCCUUCCGAGUCUUCUCAGAGAACCCCUGUGGCCUCAGUGAGAAACCUGCUGUCACCAAGGAUGUGGCACACAUAAAGAAAUCAGCGGCCAUGUACAAGUCAGAGCCGUUCAACAGCCGGGAUUUGUCUGAACCUCCAAAAUUCACCCAGCCUUUGACUGACAGAACCACCACUCGGGGUUACAGUACCCAGCUGGUCUGCUGUGUCCGAGGCUUCCCAAAGCCCAAAGUGAUCUGGAUGAAAAACCAAAUGGAGAUUCGAGAAGACCCAAAAUAUCUAGCCGUCAUGAACCAAGGGGUUUGCUCUCUAGAAAUCCGCAAGCCCAGCCCCUUUGAUGGUGGCGUCUACACCUGCAAAGCUGUGAACGCUUUGGGGGAAGCCUCGGUAGACUGCAGGCUGAAUGUAAAAGUCCCAGAAUGACAAUGAUUUGAGAGUCAGAUGAAGAGCAAGUGUUUUCUGUGGAAGGGCAGGCAGGCCCUUUACAAAAUUCCCUCUUGGUCUCCCUGCUCUGGAAUGGUGCCUUAUUCUCAGACUCAGUGUGGUGGUUCCAAGGAGGGAUCUGCCGCUUGGAAGUGAAGUUGCUGCUGCUGCGCCUUUUCAAAAAAACCAGAAGCUUCGCAGAAGACAGAACUUGCUGCUGGGUUAGCUCUACCAAGAACACUCCCAUGACUUGGAGGCUGUCAUUUAUGCAUUUAUGGUCUUUGGCCCUGCAAUACAGUCGUUUUGGGUCCUUAAUAAAGGUGCAUUCAGCAUGA